AUGGCGGCGAGCGCCUUCGGCGGCCUCGUGGCCGCGCUGGAGACGCACCGCGGCCGCGACCGGGCGGUCCGUGCGCUCUGCUAUGGCUGUCAGCUGGCGGGCGGGGUGCUGGCCAGGCCGCAGGCCUCGCCGUCCGGGCUGCCCCGGAGCCUCCUGGCCGUGUCGGCCCAGCUGAGCGCCUGUCGCACGGUCCUGCGCCUCUUCGACGACUUCGCCAUGCUCAGCUACAGCUGCGACUACGGGCUGGGACCCAAGGACGAGGACUGCCUAGUGCGGGGGCUGUCGGUGCUCUGCAACCUGGCCAACCAGCUCUACUACCCCUGUGAGCACAUUGCCUGGGCGGCUGACGCUGGCAUCGUCCGCGUCGGCUCUCAGAAGUGGUGGACUCUGAGCACGGCGCUUUGGGCCUCCUCCCUGCUCCUGGGCAUCCUGCGAUCCCUGAGGGUCUUGUUCCAGUUAAGAAGAAAGCUGAGGCAGCACAAGUGCAGUGCAUCUUCACCCUGGAGUCAAAAGGAAGUGAAAGCCCAGGUGAAGGCUGAGGUUCUAAGCAUCCUCACAGCCACAGCAGAUCUCUCCAAUGCAAUCCACUGGCUGCCUCCAGGAUUUCUUUGGGCUGGACGUUUCCCUCCCUGGUUAGUUGGUCUCCUGGGGACCAUCUCUUCCCUGAUUGGCAUCUACCAAGCAUCUGGAGGAGGAACUUCUGAAGCUGUAUAACCAUAAUUAAGCUUUGGGAAGCCAGUUUUCCCAUGGUAAAAAAGCCUUUGGUGAGGGAGAUGCAUUUUACCUCUUGGGUGUUGGUGGCUGUAUUUCCACACUUCCUGUAAUUGGGGCUGCAGUCAAGGUAUGAGUAACAGGAUUGAUUGCACUUUAUGGGUUUAUCACUCUUUAUCAGAGAAAUGAGGUGAAUCCUCUGAAAAUCAAGAUAUUGGUAAAAUAGGGAGGGAAAAAGUUUCUUCCAUCCUUUCUUCCUCUGUCCCACAAGACAAAUCCAACCCUCCAGACUUUGCUGUCACUUGAAAGAGCACAAAGUCAGUGUCAGGUGGAGAAACUGCCACGGUCUGUGACACUCAAAUUCUGAGGGAUGAAUCCUGCAAGUUCCAGCUCAGCACUCAGUGCCUCACCCAAGCCAGGGAGGUCACCCUGGGCUGGGGAUGUUUUUUGGAGCCCAAAGCAGAUGUCCCAAGCACAACCAGAAGCGAGCAAGUGGCGUUUCUUCAGAGGUGAGCGGGGAAAGCAAUAGCAUUG